UUGGUCCCGUGACCUUAGGCGUCCAAUCAGAGCCUCGUUGCAAUUGACGUGCAAUUCACUAAAACGUAAACCGGACUGUUAAUCUGUAACGACCAUCUGACUUCAAACUUUCCUGUUUAUCAACCUUUAAGCGGAGAUAUGUCUCGAAGCCAGAUUUAUUACUCGGACAGGUACAAUGACGACCAGUACGAGUACAGACAUGUUGUUCUACCUCUGGAAAUGGCUAAGUACGUCCCAAGAUCCCACUUGAUGUCUGAAGAUGAGUGGAGACAGCUGGGAGUGCAGCAGUCCCAAGGUUGGAUCCACUACAUGAUCCAUGAACCGGAGCCUCAUAUCCUACUGUUUAGAAGACCUCUGCCAAACCACUGACCCAGUCCGACCGUCCCUCUUUGGGAAGAUGUGAUUGAUGGUUACCUUUUGCUGCAUAAGCAGAUUUUACUUGUUGAAGAAUUUCUCCAUGGGAAUUUUCUCAUCUUUCAUUGACUCGUAUUUAGCAACAAUUCCUUCAUUCAGCCAGGAGGAAAAAAGAGCUGACUUGUGAUGUUAGUCAAGGAGCAAGUUGGAUGUGACUUCAUGAAAUAAUGCAAUGGGACAACUGAAAACCAACAUGGCCAGUAGAAAUGUUGUUUUGUAAAUAUUCUAGUUUCAAUAAGUUUGCUGAUGUGACACUUCUCACGUUUCUCAUUGUUCUUUGCUUACAGCGUUUUUCCCCUUUUUGUUGCAUUUUCUUUACGUGGACACAAGAGGGUGCUAUAACAUGGUUUAAAAUGAAUAUGGAAAACAUGGCAAUAUUACUGUCAACUUAUACAGAGAUAUGGUGUGGGAAUACUAUGUUUAUUUUUCGUAGUUGCAUUUGUCCUCAAAACAUUUCUUAUGUGGAAAACAACAAUAAAGCCUCACCAUAAAGUA